AUGGCGCUGCUGGCCGAGCACCUCCUGAAGCCGCUGCCCGCCGACAAGCAGAUCGAGACCGGGCCCUUCCUGGAGGCCGUGUCCCACCUGCCGCCCUUCUUCGAUUGCCUCGGCUCCCCCGUGUUCACCCCCAUCAAGGCCGACAUUAGCGGUAACAUCACGAAAAUCAAGGCUGUAUAUGACACCGAUCCCACCAAGUUCCGGACCCUGCAGAACAUCCUGGAGGUGGAGAAGGAGAUGUAUGGAGCCCAGUGGCCCAAGGUGGGGGCCACGCUGGCGCUGAUGUGGCUGAAAAGAGGCCUCCGCUUCAUCCAGGUCUUCCUCCAGAGCAUCUGCGACGGGGAGCGGGACGAGAACCACCCCAACCUCAUCCGGGUCAACGCCACCAAGGCCUAUGAGAUGGCGCUCAAGAAGUACCACGGCUGGAUCGUGCAGAAGAUCUUCCAGGCGGCGCUGUACGCAGCCCCCCAUAAGUCUGACUUCCUGAAAGCCCUGUCCAAGGGGCAGAAUGUGACGGAGGAGGAGUGCCUGGAGAAGACCCGGCUCUUCCUGGUCAACUACACGGCCACCAUCGACAUCAUCUACGAGAUGUACACCAAGAUGAACGCCGAGCUCAACUACAAGGUGUAGGCGGGCUGCACCAGCACCCGCACCCACUCCCAGACCCGAGAAUCCCUGUGAACCCAGCCAGCCAGCCAGCCGGGGCGGCCUGGCCAAGCCCUGGCUUUUUAAAAAACAAAACUAAACAGACCAUUUUUGGCCUCUUCUCCUGGAGCAAUAAAUGACACAUUGCCCCCAACCGCACUGC